AUGGCCUAUUUUGACCCAACGAAUCCCACCAAAGUACUCGUUGACGCAAGCCCGACGGGUCUAGGAGCUAUUUUAAUGCAAGAUGGUAAAGUCAUCAGCUACGGAAGCCGUGUGCUAACUGAUGUCGAAAGUCGCUACUCCCAAACAGAACGAGAGAUGCUCGCAGUCGUGUGGGCAACUGAACAUUACCAUCUUUAUCUAUAUAGUGCGAAGUUCGUGGUGAUCACAGAUCAUAAACCUUUUCUUGGAAUCUUCAAGAGUCACAAACAACCUCCCCCAGAAUUGACCAAUGGAAACUGAGAUUAAUGCCUUAUAAUUACGAGAUUAUUUACAGGCCAGGAAAAGAUGAUGCCAAUCCUGCCGACUUCAUCAGCCGUCAUCGAGAUAAAGCUACCCCUUUUCCAGAUAACAUCGCCGAAACUUACGUCAACUACCUUUCCAACAACAUAAUUCCGAAAGCUAUGACCUUAUCAGAAGUCCAGAAAGAAACAAAGAACGAUUCCACACUCCAAAAACUAUCACAAGCAGUCGAAACCAAUCACUGGUCUGACCCCGAAAUCCAGAUGUACACAGAUCUUAAGGAUGAACUUUCCGUUUGCGACGGUUUAAUCAUCCGAGGAACACGUCUGGUCCUUCCAAAAUCAUCUCAACAUCAAGCUAUUGAAUUGGUACAAACAGGCCAUCAGGGAAUAGUAAAUAUCAAGCGGUUAUUACGUGAAAAGGUUUGGUUUCCGUCGAUUGACAGGAUGGUUCAAGAGAGAAUCAAAAACUGCAUCCCAUGUCAAGCAGCGACACAAGGUACCAUGCCAAAACCAGAGCCAUUGAAUAUGACCCCACUACCCAAAGCGCCGUGUUGUGAAAUCGCCAUUGAUUUCGUUGGUCCAUUCCCCUCGGGCGAAGUUUUACUUGUAGUUAUUGACGAAUUCAGCAGAUUUCCACAGGUCAAAAUCCUCCAUUCCACAACAGCCAACGCCGUUAUCCCCAAACUCGAUUGUAUUUUCUCUAGAAGGAAUACCCAAAGUCGUCAAAUCGGACAAUGGGCCCCCCUUCAGUAG